AUGUUGUCGUCGGUUCAGCCGCGGAUCUUCAUGCGAAGGUCACGCAGCCUUUCCCUGUGCCGUGUGCUCCAGACAAGCACCAAGGACAACGUGAGGAAACACACCAUUCUCGAGAAAGCGUACGCCAACCGGAACCCCAUCGAGUCAGAGUGUGUUUUCCCUCCAGGUGAUGCAUUUCUGGAGGCUGCAAGGACCAACAACUCCCAAGAUGUGGCAAGGUUGCUGGGCGAGAGGGUGGAGCCUAACCACCGGCACCAUCUGGGCUGGACCUCUCUCAUGGUGGCAGCUAUGAACCGCCAGCACAGUGUGGUGAAGGUUCUGCUGGAGUCUGGUGCUGACCCUAAAGCAGGAGACGACUUCAACAACGUCUAUGACACGUCCAGAGAGAAGGGCAUCCACUCACUGGAAGUGUUGGUAUCGAGGGAGGAUGAAUUUAGUAGCAGGCUAAGUAGCAGAGUUGGUUUCCGGGGUUGCACAGCCCUGCACUACACAACGCUCGCCGACGACCCACUCGCUGUACGCAUGCUGCUGGAGUCACGCACAUACACACACACGCCCACCUCAAGCAGGCCCCUGACCCAGCAGCCUUCAACCUGCCUGGGGAAGCUCUCUACCCAGCCCCCAGGCUCCACACAGGGCCCCACAGGCCUGGCAGAGAGUAAUGGAGCGGAGCAAGGCCCUGACCAGGGGGGUGCCAACCCCCUGCAGACCAAUGCCUUAGGACACACAGCCAGCACCUACGCCAAGGAGGGAGAGAUACAGACACUACUGCUGGAGUGGGGGGGCAAGUUCCAGGAAACUCAAGCGAAGAGAGAGGCAGAGGAGAGGAGACGUUUCCCUCUGGAGAAACGACUGAUGGAGCACAUCAUCAGCCAGGAGGGGGCCAUCAACACUGUGGCUUCAGCGAUCAGGAGGAAGGAGAAUGGCUGGUAUGAUGAAGAACAUCCCCUCGUCCUCCUCUUCCUCGGCUCCUCUGAAAUCGGUAAGACUGACCUGGCCAAACAGGUGGCUCGCUACAUGCACAAGGACCUCAAAAGGUCUGGAUUCAUCCGCAUGGACAUGUCCGAAUUCCAGGAGAAGCACAAGGUGGCUAAGUUCAUAGGUUCUCCUCCAGGUUAUGUUGGUCAUGAGGAGGGAGGUCAGCUGACUAAACAGUUGAAGGUGAAUCCCAAUGAUGUGGUUCUGUUUGACGAGGUGGACAAGGCCCACCCAGACGUACUGACCAUCAUGCUACAACUGUUCGAUGAGGGCCGUCUUACAGAUGGGAAAGGGAAGACCAUUGAGUGUAAGGACGCCAUCUUCAUCAUGACCUCGAAUGUGGCCAGUGACGACAUCGCCCAGCAUGCAUUGCAGCUCCGCCAGGAGGCCCAGGAGCUCAGCCGCAGGAAACUGGCCGACAACCUGGGUUUUAAGGAUGCUGUGAUUCGCCCGAUACUGAAGGCCCAUUUCUGGAGGGACGAGUUUCUGGGGCGGAUCAAUGAGAUUGUUUACUUCCUGCCCUCUGAACUGCAGCAGCUUGUCAGCAAAGAGCUCAACUUCUGGGCCAAGAAGGCGAAGCAGAUGCAUGACAUCACUCUGCUGUGGGACCGCCCCGUUCUGGACCUGCUGGUUGGAGGGUACAACCUGCACUACGCAGCCCACUCCAUCAAACAUGAGGUGUACGCUCGGGGGUACAGUCUUCUUCCUGACAUGGUGACGGUAAACAGGGCGCGCCGGUGUGCUCGAGACGCGGACCGGAGCAUCUCCAGACGCAAACUGGCAAACCCCAUACGGUUAAGCACGCUCUCCCCGGUCCCAACGGGAGAAUUAUCAUAA